CCGAACAAAGAAACUGUUCUGGAUGAGGAAUGAAGUCUUGGCUCUCUCUUAGCCAUUCCUGAAUUGCCAGGCUAUGCGGAAUCUCCUGCCAGGAAAACGUCCAGAAGAAAAAAAGAUGACAGACCUCAGGUUUGUUUAAAGUGUACACUUUGUUAAAGUGCCUGUGUCUCUGGGUCUCAACAGUUAAUCGUCUGCUGCCCAAGGUUCCUGUCCCGCUCCAGUUCUGAACACAGCGCUGUGUUUUCCCUCUGGAGUGAUGCCAGUCUGUGGACGUCGCUAAUAAGGAUGGACUUCAGAAGCCUUGGAGCUGGGCUCCCACUUAGAUGCUGAGCCGGGAACCUGGACCUCUGGAGUCAGCGGGAUUGCCAUGAAGCUUGCCACCUCUCCAGGAGGGUUUUGGAACACUGGCCUUCAUCCUAGCAGGGUCACAAAUGGAACAGAGUUCAGGAGAGACUUCAAGUGACCAAGACAUGUAGCAACACCUCCACUAGAGGAGGUUUUGGAAGGAAGGCUGGGUAUGGGAGAGAUGUUUUCCUAGACGAGAUUGCACGAGUCCCGGGCGCGCAGUAGAGCCUCGCUGGGGGAAAUGUCAGCUCGGACCAUGGGCGCCCGCAGUCUGGACAAGCGAGGAAGUUUCUUUAAGCUCAUCGACACGAUCGCCUCGGAGAUCGGAGAACUGAAACGGGAGAUGGUGCAGACAGAUAUCAGCCUGGGAAAUGGCCUGGAACCUUCUGAAACCCACAGCAUGGUGAGACACAAGGAUGAUGGCUAUUCUGAAGACAAGGAUGGGAAGACGUGUCCCCGAGACUCUGGCUAUGACAGCCUCUCCAAUAGGCUCAGCAUUCUGGACCGGCUCCUCCACACUCAUCCCAUAUGGCUGCAGCUGAGUCUGAGUGAGGAGGAGGCAGCAGAGGUUCUGCAGAACCAGCCUCCAGGGAUCUUUUUGGUUCGUAAAUCCUCCAAAAUGCAGAAGAAAGUCCUCUCCCUUCGCCUGCCCUGUGAAUUUGGAGCACCGCUCAAGGAGUUUGCUAUAAAGGAAAGCACAUACACCUUUUCCCUGGAAGGCUCAGGAAUCAGCUUUGCAGAUUUAUUCCGGCUCAUUGCUUUCUACUGCAUCAGCAGGGAUGUUCUACCAUUCACCUUGAAGUUGCCUUAUGCUAUUUCAACAGCCAAGACGGAGUCUCAGCUUGAAGAACUAGCCCAGCUGGGACUAAAUUUUUGGAGCUCCUCAGCUGACAAGAAACCCCCAAACUCCCCACCUCCCCAUAGGCCUCUCUCCUCAGCCGGCAUCUGUCCUGCCUCCUUGCGUCAGCUCUGCCUUAUAAAUGGAGUGCAUUCUAUAAAAACCAGGACGCCUUCGGAGCUGGAGUGCAGCCAGACCAACGGAGCCUUGUGUUUUAUUAAUCCUCUUUUCUUGAAAGUGCACAGCCAGGACCUCAGCACAGGCCCAAAGCGGCCGAGCACAAGGACUCCCAACGCGAAUGGCACCGAGAGGCCUCGGUCCCCCCCACCCAGGCCCCCGCCACCCGCUAUUAAUAGUCUGCACACAAGCCCUGGGCUAUCCAGGACUGAACCCCAGACGAGCAUGCCAGAAACAGUCAACCAUAGCAAACAUGGGAACGUAGCUCUGCUUGGAACAAAACCAACUCCCAUCCCUCCACCCCGGCUGAAGAAGCAGGCUUCUUUUUUGGAAGCGGAAGGCAGCACUAAGACCUUGACCGCCUGCCGGCCCAGCCGGAGCCCGGAGUCAGAGCCGGAGCCGGAGGAGCCAGAGCUGGGCACAGCUGGGCACGCAGGUGGAGCCCCGCCUAGGGACGCCCCCGGGGAUUGCACAAGGGCGCCGCCGCCCGACUCUGAAUCACAGCCACCACCGUGCCAUGGAGGCAGGCAGAGGCUGAGCGACAUGAGCCUUUCCACUUCCUCCUCCGACUCGCUGGAGUUCGACCGGAGCAUGCCCCUGUAUGGCUACGAGGCUGACACCACCAGCAGUCUGGAGGACUACGAAGGGGAGAGUGACCAGGAGACCAUGGCACCUCCCAUCAAGUCCAAAAAGAAGAGGAACAGCUCUUUUGUGCUGCCCAAGCUCGUCAAGUCCCAGUUGCGAAAGAUGAGCGGGGUAUUCAGCUCCUUCAUGACCCCUGAGAAGCGGAUGGUCCGCAGGAUCGCUGAGCUGUCCCGGGACAAAUGCACCUAUUUCGGGUGCCUGGUACAAGACUACGUGAGCUUCCUGAAGGAGAACAAGGAAUGCCAUGUGUCCAGCACUGACAUGCUGCAGACCAUCCGACAGUUUAUGACCCAGGUCAAGAACUAUUUGUCUCAGAGCUCCGAACUGGACCCCCCUAUUGAGUCGCUGAUCCCCGAAGACCAAAUUGAUGUGGUGUUGGAGAAGGCCAUGCACAAAUGCAUCUUGAAGCCCCUCAAGGGCCACGUGGAGGCCAUGCUGAAGGACUUCCACACAGCUGACGGCUCGUGGAAACAACUCAAGGAAAACCUGCAACUCGUGCGCCAGAGGAACCCACAGGAGCUGGGGGUCUUUGCCCCGACCCCUGACUUGGUGGACCUGGAGAAAAUCAAAGUGAAAUUCAUGACCAUGCAGAAGAUGUAUUCGCCAGAAAAGAAAGUCAUGCUUCUGCUUCGGGUCUGCAAGCUCAUCUACACUGUCAUGGAGAACAACUCAGGGAGGAUGUAUGGUGCGGAUGACUUCUUGCCUGUGCUGACCUAUGUCAUAGCCCAGUGUGACAUGCUUGAAUUGGACACUGAGAUCGAGUACAUGAUGGAGCUCUUAGACCCAUCACUGCUGCAUGGAGAAGGAGGCUAUUACUUGACAAGCGCCUAUGGAGCCCUGUCUCUGAUAAAGAAUUUCCAAGAAGAACAGGCUGCGAGGCUGCUCAGCUCAGAGGCCAGGGACACCCUGAGGCAGUGGCACAAGCGGAGAACCACCAACCGGACCAUCCCCUCUGUAGAUGACUUUCAGAAUUACCUCCGAGUUGCCUUUCAAGAGGUCAACAGUGGAUGCACAGGGAAGACCCUCCUUGUGAGACCAUACAUCACCACAGAGGAUGUGUGUCAGCUCUGUGCGGAGAAGUUUAAGGUGGAGGACCCUGAGGAGUAUAGCCUCUUUCUCUUCGUGGAUGAAACAUGGCAGCAGUUGGCAGAGGACACUUAUCCUCAAAAGAUCAAGGCUGAGCUGCACAGCCGGCCUCAACCCCAUAUAUUCCACUUUGUCUACAAGCGAAUCAAGAAUGAUCCUUACGGUGUGAUUUUCCAGAAUGGGGAAGACCUCACUCCCUCAUAGAGGACACAUGGGACUUCCCAUUGAUGCAUCCAAAAGGGAGCUAGGAGUCAAGCCUUCUGGCUGCCACAUGUUUGAGCUUGAAAGACAGUCACUUCCUCAAGGACCCCUCAGAUCAGUGACUAAGCCAUCCAUCCAUAGGCUGACUUAGCCAAGGGCAGCUUUUAGAUACAUUGCCCAAAUGAGGUAUCUGGGGUUCACAAAGUAGUAAGAUUCUCCUCUAGAAAUGGAGAAUUGCAUUUGAUGGUUCAGGUGUCCAGAGAUCACUGGCUGCUUAGCCUUGGCCAGCUUCUGGGCUGGCUUACAUGUUUGUAUAUGUGCUGAGGAAACACUUAAGGUACAAGCUCUUCUCUUGGGUUCCAUAGCAGGUGUUGACAAGACUGUCCGAUGCAGUGCGUCAGGUACCUCUCAGCUCUGUGGACGGCUCCAUCCUUCCCUCUUUCCCCUCUUUCCUCCUUCGUUCAUUCUAUACUUUUUUUUUUUUUACAAAGAGCCUUUGUGUUUUUUUUUUUAUAUAUAUUUCAUAGAAAAAUUUAUAGCAGUUGCAGGUAAACUGUCAGGAUUGGUUUUUAAGAUAUUUUUGUAACUUUAAAAUAUUCUAUAAGUAUGCAUGUGAUUUAACAUUUAAUAUUUGAAGAUAAAUCUCUUGCUGGAUCUGAGAGUAUUGCAUUUUAGGGGUCUCUCUUCUGUAACUGGACGUUUCGGCAAUUUUGUGGGGAGAGGCUGCUGGUUGUCGUAAAGCAAUCCUUGACACUGGCCCCAGACCGCCUUGGAAGAAUCUGAUGUACUGUUCGUUGCCUUGCUCACUUUUAGUGCUGUCGUACUAUUUGUUGUUUGCUUAUAUUUUUAAGCAAUUGAUGCUGAGGAUUAGGAGAGACAUGAAUGUAGAGAGAGGUAGAGAGAGAAACACAGACUCUAAGGAGGGGCUGAGGAAUGUAGUCUGCAGGUUCAGGCUUUGGAGGACAUAGGAAAAGGAGUCGGUACUGUAAAUACAUGCUGCAGUGAGGUUUGACAAAGGUCUGUUCCAUAUGCUAUCUGCUUUGGGAAACACUUUUAAAAAUCCCUACAAGGGAAAGUAAACCAAGGAUAACGCUCCCUGUGCCCAUUUUGUAAGCCAAAAACUGAUGGCAUCCAACUAUUUGGAGGCAGAAACCAAGUAAUGUAUAAUAUGGCUUUUGUUGAGGUCAGUAAGAUGCUGAUGGGAAAAGAAUGCACCAAAAAGACAAAAACAAAAACAAACCAAAAACUCCUCUUUAUUGUAAUAAUGGACAGUGGCUGGGAUGGACUAUGGUAGAACUGGCAUGCACCAACUAGCAUACUUGGUUCCAUCCUCAGCAUGACAAACAAAACAAAGAGAAAACACACAAACAACAUGGAUAUACGGUGAAGUUAGAUAGAUGUUGUAUAAAACGAAUUUCUGGGCACACAUACUAGAAGGGUCAUGUAUCGGUGUAAUACAGGUCAUUGCAGAAACAAAAAACAAAAACAUGUUACUGUACUGUGUAAGGACGCACAGGCAUCUGGUUUGGGGAGGCCUUGUAACUGUAUCCUUGGCUUUUGUUAUACUAGAACCCUCAGCACAUACUGUGUUGUUCUUUUUUGUAAAUGAUUUUCAAUGGAAUUUUGCACAUAAAUACAUUGUAAUACUGUACAAUAA